UAAGUUCAGAGACCUGACCAUAGAAGAGCUGAAGAAUGUUAACAAGACCUACCCAAACUUCAGAUUCUCCAUGAGCACAUAUACCUUCAAGGAUGGAUCCCAGAAGGACCUCCUGAAUUUUAGUGGUACUGUUCCAGUGAAGUAUGGUAAUUCGUAUAACAUACCUAUUCAGCUGUGGAUUCUGGAUUCUCAUCCCUUUGCUCCCCCCAUUUGCUUCUUGAAGCCGACUGUGAACAUGGGCAUUUCGGUGGGAAAGCAUGUUGAUGCUCAUGGCAGGAUUUAUUUGCCCUACCUGCAAAACUGGAGCCAUCCUAAGUCAACUGUCAUUGGAUUAAUCAAGGAAAUGAUUGCAAAAUUUGAGGAAGAGCUCCCUUUGUAUUCACUGUCAUCUUCUGAUGCAGCCAGGCAAUCGGAACUUCUCUCCUACAUUGCAAAGAUCACUGAAGGAGAGACUGACAUGAAAUCAAAGAGUGAAAUUGGUGGAGGCAAAAAUGAAGGAUGUUUUAAGAAAAUUACUGUUGUUGGAGCUGGAGAUCUUGGCCUUGCAUGUGUGCUAGCAGUUGCAGCAAAGGGUGCUGCAGACAAGGUGGUUCUUCUGGAUGUUUCUGAAGGUGCAGCAAAAGGAGGGACCAUGGACUUGGAGAUCUUUGCUCUGCCAGAUGUGGAGAUCAGCAAAGUUGAAGUAAUGACGUAUGUGUCGUGGAAGCUGAGUGCGUUUCCCAAAAGCAGAGUUAUUGGAGUAGGUGCCAACCUCGAUACUGAGAGAUUUCAGUAUAUACUGACAAACCUUUUGAAAGCACAGGUGCUGGCAAAAGAUGCUUGGAUUAUUGGUGAACAAGGGGAAGACAAAGUACCAUCAUGGACCAGUUGUAAUUUAGUUGCAAAUCAAACAGAAGCAAUGGCUGCUCAUAACUCAAGGGAGAAGGUGGCUAACAGAGCUAUGGAAGUUCUAAAGGGAAAAGGUCAGAGAUCUUGGUCUCUUGGGCUCUCAGUUGCUGAUUUGACUGACAGUAUACUGAAAAAUAAAAGAAAGGUCCAUUCUGUAUCCACUCUGGCAAAGGGAUGUUGCAAUAUAAACAGUGAAGUGUUCUUAAGCCUGCCAUGUAUUCUGGGAAGCGAUGGAGUGAUUGAAGUGCUCAAACUAGAAGAAGAUCCCCUGGUGCAAGAGAAACUGCAAAGCAGUGCAGGCUCGAUUCACGACCUUCAGCAGCAACUGAAGCUGUGAGCAAGCACAAGGGAAGCCACAGUGUCUGCUCGCAGAAGCCGGAGGUUUGCUAGGCAGAACGGGUUGCUUGGUACAUACGGAUUUCCAUAUAAAACAAGAAGUUUUUUUACUUU